AUGGAUACCACAACUGAAAACACCACUACAACUACCAAUCCUACCACCACAGCUACCACAACGGAUACCACAACUGCAAACACCUCUGCAACUACCACCACAUCUACCACAAUGGAUACCACUACUGCAAACACCACUACAACUACCACUCCCACCACCACAGCUACCACAAUGGAUACCACAACUGCAAAUACCACUGCACCUACCACUCCUACCACCACAGCUACCACAACGGAUACUACAACUGCAAACACCACUGCAACUACCACUCCUACCACCACAGCUACCACAACGGAUACCACAACUGCAAACACCAAUGCAACUAACACUCCUACCACCACAACUACCACAACGGAUACCACAACUGCAAACACCACUGCAACUACCACUCCUACCACCACAGCUACCACAACGGAUACCACAACUGCAAACACCAAUGCAACUACCACUCCUACCACCACAGCUACCAAAACGGAUACCACAACUGCAAAAACCAAUGCAACUACCACUCCUACCACCAAAGCUACCACAACGAAUACCACGACUGCAAACACCACUGUAACUACCACUCCUACCACCACAGAUACCACAACAAAUACCACAACUGCAAACACCACUGCAACUACCACUCCUACCACAACAGCUACCAAAAUGGAUACCACAACUGAAAACACCACUGCAACUACCACUCCUACCACCACAGCUACCAAACGGAUACCACAACUGAAAACACCACUGCAACUACCACUCCUACCACCACAGCUACCACAAUAG